AUGGAGCACCCAGCAUUGACUCAUGCAUGCCAAGGUGAACCAAUCGCGAUCGUGGGCAUAGGAUGCCGACUACCAGGAAAAGCUUCAUCCCCAUCCAAACUGUGGGAAUUGCUCGUCAGGAACGAGACGGGCCAUUGCGUCGUUCCAUCGGAGCGCUACAAUGCUGCGGCAUAUUAUCACCCAGAUGCUGAACGACCAGGAAGCAUCAAUUCAACCGGUGGAUACUUCAUCCAGGAGGAUAUCCGGGCCUUCGAAAAUGCAUUCUUCGGGAUCAACAACCUUGAAGCCAUGUCCAUGGAUGCCCAGCAAAGGAAGCUCCUCGAAGUGACCUACGAGGCGUUGGAGAAUGCCGGUGUGCCGUUGGAAAUAGCCCAGGGCUCAAACACUGGCGUUUAUGUCGGCAACUUCACCAACGAUUUCUUGAACAUGCAGUACAAAGACCCGGAGUACUUUUCCCGAUAUAGUGCCACGGGAUCCGGCCUGACCGUGCUGGCGAAUCGGAUUACACAUUGCUUCGAUCUGCGUGGCCCAUCCCAUGUGGUUGAUACGGCUUGUUCAUCGUCAUUGUAUGCACUGCAUUCGGCCUGUUUGGCCCUAGAUGCCCAUGAUUGUGAUGCGGCGGUGGUGGCUGCUGCAAACCUCAUCCAGUCUCCGGAGCAGCAGAUGGUUGCCGUGAAAGCGGGGAUUUUAUCCCCAGACUCGAUGUGCCAUACCUUCGAUGAAUCGGCCAACGGAUAUGGUAGAGCGGAAGGGGUGUCAGCCGUAUAUCUGAAGCGGCUCAGUGAUGCACUAAGGGAUGGUGAUCCCAUCCGCUCGAUUAUUCGAGGAACCUCUGUCAACGGAAACGGCCGAACACCAGGCAUUGUACAGCCUAGUGUGGAAGGCCAAAAGGCCGUCAUUCGGGCGGCGUAUCGUCGCGCUGGUCUGGAUCUGGGAGACACUGACUAUGUUGAAGCGCAUGGGACCGGUACUAAGGUCGGCGAUCCUAUGGAGGUCGAGGCCAUAGCCAAUGUUUUUCAUCAUCGGACGGGACGGCCGACCCUCAUUGGGGGGAUCAAACCGAAUGUUGGUCACAGCGAAGGGGCCAGCGGUCUUUCAAGCCUAAUCAAAGUCACACUAGCGCUCGAAAAUGAUUUACUACCUGCGACUGCCGGUGUUAAGGCGAUCAACCCGAGCCUCAAAUUAAAAGAAUGGAACGUGGACAUUGUUAUUGCUAAUCAACCGUGGCCGGUAUCAAAGGUCCCGCGAGCCUCGGUCAAUUCGUUUGGUUUCGGAGGCUCAAACAGCCAUGCUAUCCUGGAAGCUGCGCAGAUGGAGCUAUUAACUAACAAUUAUAGGGAUCCGCCGGUAGGCGAAAAUGCAGGACGGCUCUAUCUGUUACCACUUUCGGCUCGAUCUGAGACAUCCCUCCAACAGAUGGCUAGUAACUUGGCUGAUUUCGCUUCCCACUCAGCUCGGCAAAUCCCAAUCGAUGAUCUGGCUUUUACCUUGAGCUGUCGUCGCUCCAAGCUGGCCACUCGUGGCUUUUUCGUCCAAUCCCAAGCGAGCCUGAAUAAGGGGAUCAAUAUGGCGAGCCUGAAAUUGAGAAAUCUUGAGAGUGAAGGACCAUUCCCGCUGGUCUUUGUUUAUACUGGACAGGGCGCGCAAUGGGCUGGAAUGGGCAAAGAGCUUUUGAGCCAUAGCCACAUGUUUAGGAAGACCAUAGGUUAUCUUGACUCUUGCCUCCGAGCUCUUGAUCCAGAACAUGCGCCCGCCUGGACAUUGGAGAGUAUUCUGCGUGAUGAACACUGUGAUAUUAGUGCCGCAGAAAUAUCACAGCCACUGUGUACGGCGGUGCAAAUUGCCCUGACGGAUUUACUCAAAGAUUGGGGUGCUCUGCCAAAGAUGGUGACGGGCCACUCCUCCGGCGAGAUAGGAGCUGCGUAUGCGGCUGGGGCUAUCGAUGCCCGGCAAGCUAUCUUCGCGUCUUUCUUCCGCGGAACUGCUGUCUCCGAGGACUCCACCGAGGGUUGCAUGGCUGCCGUGGGACUUGGGAAAGAUCAGGUCGAGGUGAUAAUCGAGGAAUCUGCGUUGAGAGGGUCUGUUAGCGUCGCUUGUGCGAACUCACCAGAGAGCACGACUGUGAGUGGGGAUACAGUUGCCGUCAAUGAUCUUCUUAAUACAUUUGAAGAAAGGGAUAUCUGGGCUCGAAAGCUAAAGACCGGAGGUAAAGCGUACCACUCGCAUCAUAUGAAGAUUCUGGGGCCGAAAUAUGAGGCCUUACUUGACCGCUAUUGGGAUACGGCUAAUGGCAAACACGAUGCAAAUGGCGCUGUGGAUGCGCCAGCGUCAUCAGUAGUCAUGAUUUCCACCGUGACUGGUGGACUGGUAAGUACAAAUCAAGUUGGUACACCCGCAUACUGGCGUACAAACCUCGAAUCUCCAGUGAGAUUUGACGAGGCCAUCAAAACUAUCCUGGCAUGUGGCAGUUACCAUCUGGUAGAACUUGGUCCGCACUCAGCUUUACAGCUUCCCAUCAAGCAGAAUGCCUCGACCCUCGAAAAGUCUCGCUACAUCUAUAAUUCCUCUCUCGUCCGUGACCAAGAUGCUUGGUUGACUACCCUUCAGCUUGUCGGUUCACUGUUUUUGCAUGGACACGAUGACCUCCAAUACCACAAGAUGUUUGCAGAUAGAUCUCAGACCCGUGUCUUGGUUGAUUUGCCUCCUUAUCCCUGGGACUAUAGUUCUCCCACCCUGUGGGCUGAGCCUCGCGCCAGUACCGAGCUCCGUAACCGCAAAUACCCCCGGCACGAUCUUCUCGGGUCUCAAGUGUCGGGAGGGAGCACCGCAGGAGUGACGUGGCGAAAUAUAUUGAGCCUCAAUGAAGUCGAAUGGCUUACACAUCAUUGCCUAGGUCCGUCGGUGGUGUUCCCUGCCGCGGCAUAUAUCGCAAUGGCAGUCGAGGCGAUGUGUCAGGUUACAGGUCUGCAGCUAGAAGAUUGUCCGGGGGUGGAACUUCGCGAUCUCAACUUCAUCAAAGCUCUCGACAUGGAUCCUGAACGAAAGCCAACGGUGGAGAUCUUUACCGAGAUGCGUUCGAUGAAGAUUUCCAACCUUGUGAAUUCAGAUAAAUGGUGGAGAUUCGAUGUGGUCUCGACCGAUAGUGAUUCCCAGGCGACCUUGCAUAUGAACGCGGCUGUCCGCCUAGCUGAAACCUCGCCACAGACAACUCGACAGAUUAAACUUGACAGGUCAAAAUUACAACAGGAUGCGGUCCGUGUCUGGUAUAACAAGUUUACUCAGGAAGGGCUCAACUGGGGUCCCAAAUUUGCUGUGAUGGAGGAGGUCUUCCGAGAUCGCGCGCGCAUGGCGCACGUAGCAGCAGCCACUACACAUCUCCAGCGGGGAGAAAAGUUUGAUCAGUACAUUGCGCAUCCGAUCUCCAUAGAUGCGAUGCUACAAACGGCCUUCAUUGCGACUACUAGUGGCUUGGUUAACAAACUCCGGGCUACCGUCCCUGUUGCGAUGGACUCGGUUUACAUCGCCCCUCCAUCGGCGCUCGACAUGGAUACCGACAGACCUUGGUGCAUUGACUCCCAGUCGGAGAGCGUAGGGUUUGGAACGGUUAAAAUCAAUGCAGAACUAUUUAAUUCGUCUGGUCAGGUCUUGAUCAGGAUGGGCCAAGCUCGUUGUAUUGCCUACCAAGGGAACAGACAGACGGAAACCACCGAGCAACGAAAUCCUCUCGUGAGAGCUACAUGGAAGCCAGAUCUCUCUGCGCUAACCAACACAGGUCUUGACGAGUAUCUGAGCUGGUACUUACAGAAAUACGGCUCUAAGGAAUUGGCUGAUGAGCACAUGGUGCGCAUGGCUGGUGCCCUGGAUUUGGCCUGUCACCAGUGGUGUAAUAGCAAUAUCCUCGAGCUUGGCAACCAAACCCGGAUAGCACAAACUGUUUGUGGGCUCCUAUGUGUCGACUCAUCUUUCCGAAGGUGUAACACCUAUUCUCGUGGAGUCUUUGCAGACGGCGAUCUAGUCGGUGUGGAGGUUUUCCCGGAGACUUCAGAUAAGCCGAAGCUAGAGCGCCCAACGGGGAUCCCACAGGAAAGGAAGUUUGAUAUAGUUCUCGUCCCCUCGGUUGAUCUCUGGACGCCGGCCCUUUCCAGUAGGCUGACACCGGGAGCAACUGUCAUCAUGAUGUGGGAUGCAGUCAGUGACGAUGUCACUUGGACGAAGGUUAUCAAAGGAAGUGGUUCUUUCCCCGUGACAGUCGCGACUAUAAGCAGCCUGCCUAGCAAGAGCAUGGUUAAUAAACCCCCGACAAUCGUGGUGACUCGAGAUCAAAACAUAACGAGCCUAGAUCGACAGCUCCAACGGGUCUUACAAGAACAUUUAGGAUCCGUGGUCAAUAUUGUUGAUUUGUCCCAAGUCAGCAUCGCGACCGUUCCGGACCGAUCAUUUGUCAUAUCCACCCUAGAACAGCAGCAGCCUCUUCUAAGCAGGAUUGACGAGCGUGAAAUGACACAGCUGAAAAGUAUUACCGAUCGUGUGGCCAAGAUUGUAUGGGUCGUCAAUGCCGGCUUCGUGGGUGGAGAAACCCCCGACUUUGCGCCUAUUUUGGGACUCUCCCGUGCGCUUAUGCUCGAACAGCCUUCCCUGCAAUUUGCGGUUCUAGAUGUGGACGAUAAAUCAGCAUCAUAUCCUGCCACCCUGAAUAACAUCGUCAAUGUUUUGGACCGACUGAUCCAUCAACAGGAGCCGGACUUUGAAUUCGCGCAACGAGACGGCGUCCUUCAUAUCUCUCGCUGGGAACCAGACGAGCGUCUCAACGAAACUUUCCGUCUCAAGCAGAAUAAGGAAACCAUUGACAUUCCUCUAGGGAUUGCUGGACGUUGCGAAUUGGGCAUCAAGAACCCGGGACAAAUGGACACGAUCCAUUUUGUGCAGAAGGAGUAUCCAACCGCCUUGCAUCCAGAUGAUGUGGAAAUCAGCGUGAAGAGUGUAGGUAUGAACGCAAAGGAUUUGUAUUCCAUAAGUGCCAAGGUGGACACCAAGGAUGCAUCAUGCUCGUGUGAAUGUGCUGGUGUUAUUACCGCUGUGGGCGAAAACGUUUCCGAGUUUAAGACUGGCGAUCGUGUAGUUGCAAUGGCCCCCGGUUAUUUUGCAACUGUCGAACGCUUUCCAAAUUGGGCAGUCUGUAAAAUGAACAACGAGGAGGAUUUUACGGUUAGUGAUCGAGCUAGUGUCUACACGAAGGCAGAAACUCAUGCCAUCGGGCAAAUCUACAGCCAGGAGAGACCGUCCUCAUUCAUUCCGCUGCCGGGGGGGGUUGGGAUUGCGGCAAUCCAAUACGCGAAGCAUCUCGGGGCAAAGAUUUUUGCCACUGUGGGGAACGAAUCUAAAAAGUCAUUCCUCGUCGAGAAAUAUGGUCUGGAUCCAGCGCACAUUUUCAGCUCGCGGGACUCAUCCUUCCUGCCUGCCAUUAUGGAAGCCACUUCUGGUCAGGGGGUUGACGUGGUUUUGAAUUCUCUCACCGGCGAUCUUCUACACAGCAGCUUUGAAGCAUGUGCCGACUUUGGCCGCUUCAUAGAGAUUGGGAAACGUGACAUCCUUGAUCAUGGCGUCCUGGACAUGUCCACGUUCAGCCGCAAUGUCUCCUUCAUGGCAUUUGACCUGUCCAAUCUUUAUCACUCUAACAAGAAAGCCCACCAUAAACUCUGGAAAUCCCUGCUUACAGACAGUCUGGAUCUAGUGCGAUCCAAGAUCUGCGAGCCGUGUUCCCCAAUCAAGACAUUCGACGCGUCGGAUAUUACCGAUGCAUUCAGGCACUUCUCCCUGGGCACGCGAUUGGGCAAAGUAACUAUGUCAUUCCAGGAUCCGGACAUCAAGGUAAGGGUGAUUCCGACGAAAUAUGAAACCGCCUUUAGUGCCCAGAAGUGCUACCUCAUGGUCGGGUGCCUGGGUGGGCUAGGUCGCAGUCUGUCCAAGUGGAUGAUAUCUUGCGGUGCUCGACGAUUUGUCUUUCUGGGUCGAUCUGGUUCCGAUAAACCCGAGGCAAAGGAGCUAGUCGAUGAUCUACGGGCUGAAGGAGCCCAUGUCUCAGUGAUUCGAGGAGAUGUUUGCCGGUAUGAGGAUGUCGAGCGGGCCCUGGACGCCGCAGAUUGUCCCAUCGGUGGCGUAAUGCAGGCAGCCAUGGCACUCAGCGAGGCUCUCUGGAGUGAUAUGUCGCACAGCGCAUGGCAUACUACCCUCGGCCCUAAGGUACAGGGCACUUGGAAUCUUCACAAUGCGUUGGGCCAGGGUCGGGACUCUCAGCUGGACUUUUUCGUCAUGACGUCGUCCAUUUCCGGUACCGUGGGUACAGCAACCGAGAGCAACUACUGUGCUGCCAACUCCUUCUUGGACGCUUUCGCCCGCUAUCGCAACCGUCUCGGCCUGCCGGCCAUCUCCAUCGGCUAUGGGAUGAUUUCGGAAGUGGGAUAUUUGCACGAGCACCCCGAGAUCGAGGCCCUCAUGAAGCGUAAAGGGAUCCACCCAAUCAACGAAGAGGAAUUGAUCCAGAUCAUGAACAUGGCCCUUGUGAACCAAAUACCAUGCACGUGGGACUCUCGGUACGAUAACCUGGCCGGCAGCCACCUUCUCACCGGGGUGGAAUUCAUCGGUCUCCAGGAGCAGCGGGAACGAGGAUUCGAGGGGGACAACCAUGUUUUUGCCGAUCCUCGAGCUGCAUUGUUCACUGCGUCCUUUGUCCGCCGAGCCGCGGGCGAGAGCGAGACCCACAGCGCAGAGGCGCAUCUCCCUCGGGAGAUUGCGAGAGCGCUGCGCGACCACCAAGAUACGGCAUCUAUUCUCGAUGAACUUCGGGCUGUUGUAUCGAAGAAGCUCUCAAAUCUCAUCCUUCUGCCGGAGAGCGAACUGGAAGCGGAUCGACCUCUUGGGGAAUUCGGCUUGGAUUCUAUGCUGGCUGCCGAGUUUCGAACCUUUAUCUUCCGCACGUUCGAGGUCGACGUGCCAUUCGUUGUCCUGCUAAAAAGGAGCACGACAGUAAAUCUCCUGACCGGCCUAAUUGCUCAGAGCCUGCAGACAAGUGCUUAG